UAUUGAAUUUCAUAUUGACAGUUGUUCCGAAGAUUUUCCAUCCGAGGUACAAGAAAGUAAAAGGUUUUAGUGGAAUAAUCAGCGAUUUCAGGACAUUUGUCCGUAAACUUUAAUGGUUGUGUUUCAACCAAGACAUGGACGAAGAUGAACGACAGAGGAAAAUAGAAGCUGGAAGAGCAAAGAAAUCCACCAACAUGCAGCGCAGUCAGUUGCUUGUUAGCUUCCAACAGAAAAGGGCUAAAGGGGACGGUCAAGUCGCGCAGAAAAAGACGCAGAAGAGGAAGGGCCCGUCUCCAACGCAGAAUGACGGCCCAGCGCAAGGUCGCCCCCUAGGGAUGGACCUCCAGACAGACGGCAGCGCCACACAGCAGGACGACAUGUGUAACAAUGAGGAACCACAACGUUCUGGUGAGACAGAUCCGAGCCAACUUCCAGAGUUCCAGGGGCACUUGGAGCAACACCAUCCCCAGGAGGGAAGCAGUGUCCUGGGCGAGCAGGCGUUCGGUGGGCAGCCUGUGGAGAUGGAGGUUGUGGGAGACGAGGUCCUAGUGGUUCACACUGGAAGAGAUCAACUCAAGCAGUUACAGGCAGCAGUAGAGAAGCGUAAUGAGAUCAUUAGCAGACUGAGCUGUAACCUGCAGGAGGCGCUGAAGAGCAGAGACCAGGUACAGCAGGAGGCCUUCUCCCUCACUGGACAGAUACAGGCCCUGAAGAUGCAGCUACAGCAGACCUCUCAGUUCUUUCGAUCCAGGACACAAGGGGGCUCUGAGCUCUCCCUAGCCCAGUGGAAGGCCUCCCAGCCUGACCACAGCUCCUACGACCUCACCUCACUUCCCAACCACCUAGAGGUCCCAGUAACAGAACCAGGGGAGCAAAUACGCACACUCCGAAUGGGACAUGAACAGACCGGAGCUGGGUGUGAGAGCCUAGAACAAUGUAUUGAUCCUGAGAUGGAUGCACAGAUACACACAUUGAGGAGAGAGCUGCUAGAGGAGAGGGAGUUAAACCAGCUCAUGCUUUCCCAACUAGAAGAGGAGAGGACAGGGAGGGAGGAGGAGAGGAGAGAGAUCCACCAGUACAAGGAGGAGAAGGAGGUGUUGAAUAGGGAAUUGCAGGAGCUAAGGAGGAGACUGGAGGAGGAGGUGAGGGAGAGAAGGAACGAGAGGGAGGAUGAGCGAGAGAUCAGGGAAAGACAGGAAGAUGAGAAGAGGAGACUUGGAGAGGAGGUGCAGAGAGUCAGACAGCUGUUGGGGGAGAGAGGGAGAACAAGGGAGGAGUUGGGAUUCAAGGCUUCUAAAGACAAACUGAACCAGGCAAAGGCCAGUGUGGAUGAAGAGGGUGGAGAGGGGGAGGAGGAGAGAGAGGAGUGCCUUCUGGACUUGUCCCUCCCCACUGAUGGCACCCCGCUGUUGGAGCGCUACCUGUCCUCGGCCCUCCCCUCAAACUCAUGCUGGGCCAAUGAAAGUCUGGAGGCGUGCAGCCUUCUGGAAGAGCACAACAUUCUGGACAACUCUGGCAACUACAGGUUUGAGCUGGACAGUGAUAUCGUCAGUGGUGGUGACCAAUCCCAGCUGUCCUUUUCGCAGGAAGAACAAACUCACUUUCCCGUCCCACCAUCCACUGCACGGUCCCCCGACCCUGAGAACGAAACCUUGCCCUCUUUCGCCUCCCAGUGGCAGAACAACCCCCUCUCUGUCUCACGAGACGCCAGCGAGACCUCUGAGAGACUCAGUGAGACGUCAGAGAGUCAGGAGAUCUCAGACCUGGGCAAGGAGCUGCUCAUCCAGCAGUGUGGAGACCUCAGGGAGGAGGUGGCUCUGAGGGAGAGGGAGAAGGAGGUGGUGAUGGAGGAGUUGAGGAGGAGUGCUGAGGAUCUGGAGGAGGCCAGGGCCAGGUGGGCCCAGGUCUCUGAGGAGCUGCAGGAGGCGCACUGGGAGCUUGAGGAGGAGCGGGAGAAGAGGAGGCGAGCUGAGGAGGAGGUCAGCCUGAAAACACACGAGGAGGACAAUCUGAAGAACAGACUCUGCACCUUAUUGGAGGAGAGAGAGAAAGAUAUGGAGAGUCUCAUCUCCUCCCCUUUCCUAGAGAAGGAGGGAGGUACCCUCCUCCCCAGCCAGGAGCGAGUGAUGGAACAGCUAAAAGAGGAAAAAUCUCUCCUCCUCUCUCGUCUAAAACAGCAGGAAGAGCUGCUCUCCUCUGUCCGGUUGGAGAAAGGAAGCAACAAGGAGAAAGAGGGGGAGCUGAGGGAGGUGGAGGAAGAGAAGAGUGUUCUCCUCACAAGGUUGAGGCAGCAGGAGCAGCUGGUCUCCUCUCUGCAGGAGGUGAAACAGGCGGGAGACUCUGUCUCCUCUGAAGUCCAUGCUCUGUUUGGACGACAGCUACAGUCACUACAGCUAAUAACCUCUCCUCUCCAGACCCAUCGUGACCAGCUUCUAGCCCUGCUGGAAGAAACUAAAUCCAGGCACAAAACCACCACUGCCCUCCUAGGUCAGAAAACCCUGGAGCUCGACACUGCUCAGAAAGAGAUGCACAGAGUCCAGAAGGAGGCGGAGUCAGCGAGGCAGGAGGUGGAGGAGAGGGAGAGGAGGAUAGAGCAGACGGAGAGGGAGAAAACAGAGGUAGAGUCUGAGUUGCUGUGUCUGAGACAGAACCUGUGUAACCUGGAGGAGGUGCAGGCCCAGGGAGUGAGGGAGAGGGAGGAGGGCAGAAGGAGAGAGGAGGAGAUGGACAGAACCAUGCGGAGAAUGGAGAAGGUGAUGGCGGAGGAGCUGGAGGAGUUCCAGAGACAGCUCCGAGACAAGGAGGAAGAGGUGGAGGAGGAGCGGGAGAAGUGGGAGGAGGAGAGGCAGGAGAAGGACAAGGAGGUGCAGGGGGUGAGACGCCUGCUGGAGGAGCAGCGAAGGGAGAGGGAGCAGGAGGUGAAAGCGCUCCUGGAGCAGCAGAUGCGGUCUGUGGAGGAGGCCACAGAGAGACUGAGAAAAUCUCACAGUGAGGACGUGCAGGAGCUGCAGGAGAAACACCAGGAGGAGGUGUCUGAGCUGAGCGGCCGUCUGGAGAGAGAGCUGUGUGAGCAGAGACACAGUCUGGAGGAGGAGCAGAAGAGACAGAUCAGCCUUAUCAAACAGGUGAACGAGAGAGAACACCAGAGGAUGCUGUCGGAGAUGAUGUCACAGCAGAGGGAGGAGCUUAGCCAUUUGAAGGCAGAGCUAUCAGGGGACCAGAGGGAGAGCAUGGAGGCAGCCCACCAAGCAGAACUACUACAGAUACAGAGCCAACAGGCCCUGGAGCUGGAGGCGCUGCGUCUGAGCCUGACCAACCACCAAACGACCCAGCUAGAGCUCUCCCAGACCAACCUGCAGCGGGAGCGGGAGGCCUCUCUAAGCGAGCUCCAGGCUUCCCUCAGGGAGAAGUGGGCCCAGGAGAGGGCCGUGCUGCAGGCCAGACAGCAGUUUGAGGUGGAGAGGCUGAGAGCUGAGAGUGAGGAGAGGAUCCAGCGAGAGCAGCAGGAGUAUCACAGGAACAUGGAUGCUCUGAGGCAGGAGUGUGAGAGUCGUCUCUCCCAGGAGAGAGCGUCCAUGGAGGAGCGGCAGGCUGCAGAAAUAGUGGCCUUGAGAUCCCGGUGGCAGCAGGAGUCAGAGAAGGCCCAGUCAGAGCUCCAGACACAGCUGUCAGAGGCUCGGGUAUCACACUCUACCCAGGCAGCCUUCACCCAGACUGGGGCAGAGCUGUCUGAGGCCCGGGCUAGCCUGGAGGAGCUCCAGAGGCUGGAGGGGGAGCUGAGCCAGGCCUGGACCGAGAGGGACGCUGCUGCCCGUGCAGUGGAAGAUCUGGUGUCCAGACAUCAAGUGGUGCUGCAGGAGAGAGAGGAACAAACACGGCAGCUACAGCAGGAGGUGUGUCGUCUGCAUGGAGAGCAGUUGACUCUGAGACAGACUUGUGACCAGGAGGUCUCUCAGCUCUGGGCUCAGCUAGACAACAUGAGGACCAGCCGCCAGGAACUGGGAGAGUUGAAGGAGCAGCUGCUAGCUCGUUCGUCGCGGGUGGAUGACAUCGAGCGUCUGAAGGCUGAGUUUAACGUGCAGAGGCGGGAGAUCAAUGAGCAGAAUGAGGUUGAGCUGGAAAACCUGAGGAGGUACUUUGAGCAGCGUCUGCGAGUAGCAGAGGAGAGCUACCGGGAGGAGAUAGCCCUGCUGCAGCUGAGACUGGUGGAGGGAGCCCUGGAGGACUCUGUACUCAAGACCCAGGAUGCUAGUUUCCUGUCUGAAGGGAGAGGGGAGGAGGAGAAGAUCGAUGUUCUGGCUGAGAUCACACUGAAACUGGAGAAACACCAGGAGGCGUUUGACCAGCUGCGUGUCCAGUUGGAGGAGAGACACACUCAGGAACUGUCUAACCUACGGUCCUCUAUGGCCCUGUCCUACAGAGAGGAGCUGCUACAGGUGCGCUCAGACCUGACUGAUCGUUACUAUGGCGACCUGCAGGAGCUGAAGACUCGCCACGCCCUCGAGAUGGAACAACUCCGCGCUAGACUGUCAGACAGCCAUGUCAGAGAGCUGACGAGGGUGCGUCUGGAGGCUGCCAGACAGGUGGAGGUGGAGGUGGAGCAUAGGAUGUGGUGUCACUCUGAGGAGCUGCAGACCAGAACGACCAUGAUCCAGAACUUGGAGACACGACUGGCUGCCCUGGCAGACACACACAACAUGGAGCUACGCUCACACACUAUGAAGCUGAAGCAGAGCUUUGCUGAGGAGCUGGUUGUGAAACUAGCAGAGGAACAUAAGGAGGAGAGGGAGCGAGUGAUGGAGAAGAUGACCCUGAGGAGAGAGGAGGAGGUGCAGAGGCUCAGACAGGAGCUCCAGGAGGAGGGGGAGGCACGGGUCUCUGCCCUGAGAGAAGCGCUGGAGAGAGGGAUGGCGGAGGAAAGGAGCGCUCUGGAGAAAGGGAUUGAGGAGGCGAGAGCGGCGCUCAGGAGUCUACAAGCCUCACUGGACAACGACCUGAACCCCCAGGCGGUGGCAGUGAGACAGAGACUAGAGGCCCAGUACGAAGCUGAGCUGACCAGGGCCAAGUCCACCAUGGCUGCUGAGGUCAAGGAGCUGACUGCUCUACUUCAGGAGCAGGGAGACCAGAGGCUAUGCCAAGCCCAGGACAGGUUCCAGGAGGAGAGGGAGAAGUUGGAGCAGCGUCUGGCCCAGCAGGGUGAGGUUUCUCUGGGGGAGCUGAGGGAGGAACACAUGACCGCCAUGGAACUCCUGAAAACCACGCUACUGACCAACCACACGAAGGACAUGGACACGCUACGAACCAAUCACAAAGCAGAACUGGACUCCUUGUUGGCCAAUCACAAGGCUGAUCUCAAAGCAAUGGCAACAGAGAUCGCAACAAAACACAAGGAGCUUGUUGUCUUGGAAACCAGCCUUGAAUCAAAACGCAAGUCAGAGCUCGAUCACCUGGAGGCAGUCCUACAGGAAACCAAUCAGGCUCAGCUAGAGGCACAGGAGGCAGAGUUAGAACAUAGGCAUCAGGAAGAGAGGGAGGAGCUGGAGAAGAGGAUGCUGGGUAAUAUGGACACACUGGAGACCACAUACCUGAGGGAGAUCCAGACUCUGCGUGAUCAGAAGUCUGCGCUUGAGGCGGAGCAUAAGCAGGAAGUGGAGCGUGAAAGGUCAAGGCUUAACCAGGAAGUGGAGCGUGAUGGGUUGGAGCAGCAGUCCGUCAGGGAGGAGCUGAGGAAGGAGUUGGCUCAGCUUCACAUGGAGAAGUUUAGCGCCAUGGCAACGGAGCUCAGCCACACCCACCAGAAUGAGUUGACAAUCCAGAAAGAGGCCUUAGAAGCUGAACACCACACGGCUCUGGAGGCCCUCAGGAAAAAGGUCUUGGAGUUGGCGCAACAGCACUGCACUGCCUUAGAGGAGCUCACGUGCACCUACACCUCAGAGACACAGCAACUCAACACACAGCACCAGCAGCAGCUUCAGGAGCUAAAGAGUGCGUCUGUGAGAGAGCUACAGGCGUGUCGCCGGGAGCUGGAGGAGGAGUCGUCACGGCAACGGCUGCACUUCCUGGAAGAGGUUGAGCUUCUGAAGGCCCAAGCAGAGGAGAGACUUGAGCAGAAGACCAGCCAACUCAAGGCGGAGUUUGAGGAGCAGAAGGAGGCGGAGCUAGCAGAACAGAGGCAGAGCUUCAGUUCUGAGCACGAGCAGAAGGAACAAAGCUACGCCGACAAGAUGAGCCAGCUCACUACACAACUGCUACAGCUGGACACUGUGGUGUCACAGCUGCGAGCGGAGGUGUGUAGUCUACAGGGGGAGUUGGAGGGGAAGAGGUCAGAGAUGGAGACCCUGGAUACACUCCUCCAACGGCGAGAACGAGAGAGUCAGGAGGGAGGCAACCUCCUCAACAUGCUUACUGAGGACCUACACACUGCCAAGGAGGAGAGGCAGUCUCUCCAGUCAGCUAAUGAGAGGCUGAGGAAGGUUCUGGUUGAGGUGGUUUUGAGCACCAUGGCAAUGGAGGAGCUAAUUGGCCGCCGGGUCAACGCCUGUGUCGGGGUCAAAGGUCAUGAUCAGGGUGAGAGUCCAGGAGAGGGAACAACCAAUCAGGAGACAGGUGUCUCUGUAGCAGACAUGUCGACCGGCGAUCUGGAUCUCUCUCAGCGUGUGUGUGAGAGCCUCCUACUGGCAGAGUCCCAAACAAACUCUGGAGGGGAGGAAGCAGCCCUGGGAGAGGAGGCAGCCCUGGGAGCCUGCAGCCAACUACGCCACUCUGUGGACACACUCCUGGAGCUCCUCACACGCGCGAACACACAGUUGGAGGAGUCUUGUUCUGUCCAUCUGUCUCUAGAGGAGAGAUUUUCCCAGGGCCGUUCAGACUCCUCCCAGAUGCUGCUCCAACACCAGCUCGUAUUGGAUCAGCUGGACCAGGAAGCUGGGCUAAAGAGCAAGCUCCAGCUGGAGCUCCACAAGGCCGAGGGUCUGUUGGAGGGCUAUGUGGCUGAGAAGGCAACUCUGGAAGAAUCUCUACAACAAAAGGAGGCUCAGGAAGAACGGCUUGUUGAGGAGCUAGAGGGCCUCCGGGCGCAGCUGCACCAAAUGGAUGGCCUCACGGCGGAGUUGGAGGGGCUCCGGGCGCAGCUGCACCAGAAGGAAGGCCUCACCUCAGAGCUAGAGAACCUCCGGGUGCAGCUGCAGGAGCUCAGCGAGGAGCACAGUCUCCUCCAGCGCCAGAAGGUUCAUCUCACCGCCGGACUGGAAGAGAGAGAAAAGGGGUCCUGUCAGAGUAUAGAGGGGGACACAGGCCUCCUGGUUGAGGCAGAUCGUCUGGGCCAGGAGAGGCUGUGUGUGCAGCGGCAGGCGGAGAAAGACCGCAGCUCACUGUCUCUGCGCCUCAGGGCUCUGGAGACCGAGCUAGAAGAACGGGAGAACCAGGGCCUGACGGCGGAGCAGCAGCACAGGGCUCAAUCAGAAGACCUCCUGCAGCGCGUCCAGGCCCUCGAGAAACAGCUCAAACACGACAGGCAGUUUAUAGACGAGCAGGCAGUGGAGCGGGAGCAUGAGAGAGAUGAGUUCCAACAGGAGAUCAGAAGUCUGGAGGCUCAGCUCAGACAGCCAGCCAGACACUCUGCUGGGACCAGCAAGGGCCAGCGGAUUGAGGACUUGGUUCUGCAGGUGGAGAGCCUUCAAGCUCUCAUCAGGGACAAGACAGAAGACCACACCUGCCUGCUGGCAGCCAAUCAACAGGUCCAGCUUGAGGUUGCUGAGCGCAAUGAGGAGAUUGACAAGCUGGCUGGGCGAAUUAGGGAGCUGGAACAGGCGUUGCUGAGCAGCUCAGAGAGCAGCAGAGCUGUCAGUCAACUGGAGCAGGAGCUGCACAGAGCUCGGCAGAGAGAAGAGGAGCUCACACAGGAUAAGGAGUCAUUGCAGCAGCAGCAGUUGUCAAAUCGUCUCCAGAUUUCAGCCCUGCAGUCUAAACUGGACGAGACCCGUCACCGUUACCGUGACAACAACGCUAACACCCCCGACCCCAUCCAGCUUCUCCGAGACACGUUGGACACCGCACAGCAAGACCUGCUGGACAAGGAGCAACAGGUGUGUGUGUUGGUUGGUCAAAUGGAGGAGACUCAGAGAGACCUGACCAUAAAAGAGGCGGAGUUAAAACACCUCACUCUCCAGCUGGAGCUCCUGACCAAUCAGAACACGGAUACCAUCACCCAGCUUCACGACCAAGUCGCUUCUCUCAAAGAGACAGUUUCAGCCCUUACCUUUCGCCUGGAGGAGAGAGAGAUGGGAGAGGAGGAGAGUCUCCCAUCUGCUCUGUUAGAGGAGAAGAAUGAGGAGAUAGACCACCUGACCCAGGAGAUACACAAGCUAGAACUGGAGCUGGAGACAGCCAGGGACAUCACGGCCUUCCAGACAGAACUUGAAGACGUCCGCUCCCAGGUGGAGCACCUCCGCUGUGACAUCAUCAGGGUGCGUCAGGACAAGCAGGAAGAGGAGGAGCGGCUUCACGAGGUCAUCAGCACACUACAGGCCGAGCUAAACACCCUUUGCCCCGCCUACCACGAGGUCAGCGACCUAUCACAAGAGGGCGACAGUGUUAACCCUUCACCUGCUCCCAGCCCGGAACCUGCCAAGUACCCCCAACCAGAGAGAGUGGGAGGAGGAGCGAGAGGAGGUGAGGGCAACAGUCUUAAGCAGGAGAUGCGUCUCCUCCAUUCCUCCUCUUCCCGUUCUCUCCGUUCCUGUGUGGAGGCCCUGCAGGGGCAGCUGGAGGUGACGGUGGGAGAGAAGGAGGCGAUGGAGAGACUGCUGCUCUCUCAGGAGGAAGAGUAUAGAGGACAGGGGGAGGAGAUGGGAAGGUGGCUCAGGGAAGAGAGGGAGAGAGGGGGAGAGGUAAAGAGAGAACUCAAUCUAAAAGAGGCAGAGCUUGAACAGGUGAGAGCCAGGAUAGAAGGGCUGGAGGAGGAGAGGGAUGCAGCUGUGGAGGAGAGCGGUCGCUGGCAGGCUCUUGCCCAGGAGGCAAACUCCCUGCGAGGGGAGAAAACUCGGCUAGACUCCCUGGUCCUGGAGCUAAAAUCAAGGGUUGAAGAGCGGGAGAAGGAGACUGAAGCCCUGCUACAGACCGUGGUGGCUGUCGAGACGGCGAAGGCAGAACUUUCGUCAGAACGCGAGGCCUUGCGGAAGAGGGAGUGCCGACUCCAAGAGGAAAUAGAACGCCUCCAGCAGGAAGUGACGUCUCAGAGGGCCUGCCUCCAGGAAGUCAGCCGUCAGCUAGAGGAGAGGCGAUCCAACCAGGAGGAGGCUCAGAAGGAAGUGCUGACAUGUGCUGAGGAGACUCUGGCGAAGGCUGACGCUGCCCUGAGACAGAGGGAGGAGGAGCUACAGAGACUAGGGGCGGAGCAUCAAGCCCUGGGGGCAGAGUUAGCAGCUGUGAAGGAGGGUCUUUGCUCCAGCACAGAGAGAGCUGAGAAACUACUGGAGGAGGGACAGACCAAAGACCGGGCCCUGGCUGACCUGGAAACCAAUAACCAGCAUCUGAAGGCGGAGCUCCGGGCCCUACAGGAAGACCUGGCCGUGCAGGAAGAGGAGCUGGCCUAUCAGCAAGGAGAACUGCUGCAGCUCAGACAGACCUGCAACCCGCACAGCAGACAGACACACUCAUUGAAGGACGUCACACCCAGAGGAUUCCAGGACGGUGUGUCUCACAACGGGUCCCUGAGUUCUCCUGAGGUUCUCCGUCGACUGGACUGUUCUGAGGAGAGAACCAGAGAGGACAGGUUCCACCCCUCUGUUCUCCACGGUUCUAGACUGUCUGACCUCAGUGCUUUAAACAGCACAGGCCUGGAGCUCCAGGCUAAAGCCUCCCCCAGGGGACAGCAAGACCAGCCCUGUCCAGGGACAAUCAGCCCAGAGCUGGGCACACACAGCACCCACUCCCCUGGGUCCAUCUCUGCCUCAGACAACCUCUCCAUGUUGGACUCAAUGGACGCUGACAAGGUGCAUGAGCUGGAAGCCCUGGACCUGACGGCCCCUCGCUCAUCUCUUGGCUCCGCCUCUUCUCUGUCCGCAACGGAGUGGGCCAGUGAUGGAUAUGGCAGCAAUGUCAGUUCAGAGCUCGGUGUAAGACUCAAGGUAGAGUUGGAGCAGACAGAGAGGCUGGAUGCUCAGUUCUUGGAGUACCUGCGUUGUCGAGGCAUGAACCCCGCAACCAACACACACACAGACAGCGCCGCCGGGAGUAUGAGCUACAGCGACGAACUGUUGUCUCCUGAACUACAGGGUCUGUUGAAGAGAGUGUACCAGGAGAGCUGCAGGGUUCUCGCCCUCUCCCAGCGUAACGCCCCCUCUAACCACCUCUCAUUGGACCAGACGAUCUGUCAGUUAGACUCUAAAGCUCCUCCAAUGUGUUGGGAGCAGGAGAAGAGGGCGUUACAGCAAACUGUCAUCGCUCUGAGAGAACUGCUCUGUAGGAUGGCACAGAGACCGGAGAACUCUGUGGAUGCUGGUUGGAGCAGGGGGCUGCAGGCUGCAGUAAGGGGUGUGUUUGACUGUGAGAGGGCAGGGCUUCGCUCUGAGCUGCAGGCUUUUCUCUCCUCCCACCCUGAGAUAGACUCCACCCACCUCCUCCGUCAGCUGGAAACACUGCUACAGAGACAGGAGGAGCAGCAGCGUGUUGUGGUGGAGCAUCUGCUCUCUGCAGACAGACAAGCUCUGCAGCUGCAGCACUCUCAGUGGGAGGAGUCAUCUAAAGGGGAGGUGUUAUCCAGGCUGAGGGCAGAACUAGAGGAGAACAGAGAACGACUUAACUCCUCCCACAGCACCCAGCAGGAACUACAAAACGAGAUCCGCAAUCUCCGCCUGUGUAUAGAGGACUGUGAGGAGGCUGUAAGGAGGGAGGAGACCAGAGUCCAGGAGCUACAGCAGGAGCUGUACCAGGAGAGAACUCGCACACACCUCCGUGAGAAGGAAGAGGAGCAGCAGAGAUCAGAGGUCGUGACCCUGAGGGGUCAGCUGGACCAGGAGAGGACGACCUCUUGUAACCUCCGACAGGAACUCCAGAUAGAACUCUCCCGUGGCCACCUCCUCCAAUCACAGCUUGACACACGUCUAGCCGAUGCCCAUAAGGAGCUGGAGGAGGAAUGCGCCCGUUCCGCCCGGCAACUAGACACUUUCCAGUCACAGGAAAAGAGUCGGCUGGAACACUUCCUGAAAGAAGCUGAGUCCCGCCUAGCCGACACCCACAUGAAGAAACUGGAGGAGGAACGCGAGCGCUCCGCCCGGUGUCUCGAUGACAUCACACGCAGACAAGAGGAGGACGUGUCCCGAGACAGGAAGUUCAUCUCGGAGCUACGCUCUCAGCUGGAGCAGGAGAGGAGGCAGGGGGAGGAGCUAGCCACCAUGACAGACGGGCUGAGGGCGGAACUUCUGCAGAACCGGAGGAGAGUAGAGGAGGAAGAGAGGAAGAGGAGAGCGGAGGCACAGCGAGAUCAGGAUGCUGCAGCUCGCCUCCGAGUUACUAUGGAGACACUCAAGGAGCAGCAGCAGGAGGCUAGUCGAGCAUUGGAGACGGAGAGAGAGCGUUCUGGUCGCUUAGGGGCGGAGCUCAACGUGCUGAGGGAGAGGCUUCGAUCGGUCAAUGACAAGGAGAGGGAGCGGGAGGAACAGAGGGAGAGGGAGAGGAGGAAGGAGAGACAGGAGCAGACGGAGAGAGAGAAGCGACAUGAGAGGACCAGCAACAAACUGUGUGAAUUGGAGUUAUUACGGCAGCAGGACCAGCAGAGGAUGAGACAUCUCCAGCAGACUCUGGCUGAGCUAGAGAGGGAGGAGAGGGAGAUGGCCACAGAGAGACUGUCCAACCGACACCAGUACAACUCCAGCCCACUCCAACCCAGGAAUAACACAUCGACUGGGCCAGACCAGACCAGCACAACCCAAUACAACCACCAGUCUUCCUCUUCUUGCUCGGCGCUGGGGGAGAGGUUGUCGAGGGAGAACUCUGACCUGUCGGCCCGCGUGAAGGAGCUGAGUCAGGAGACGGUUAACCUGAAACACACCCUGUCCUGUCUGGAACGACAGCUACGACAGGCAGAGACUGAGAACCGUCCCAGCACUGACCUCAGCAACAGCAAGUUCCAGCGACUGUAUGAGCGCUAUCUACGGGCUGAGAGCUUUAGGAAGUCUCUGGUCUACCAGAAGCGUUACCUCCUGCUGCUGCUGGGGGGCUUUCAGGACUGUGAACAGGCAACUCUCUGUCUUAUCGCUCGGAUGGGGGCGCACCCCUCGCCCCCCCACGCCCACACACACUCUCCCCUCUCGCGCUUCAGAGCUGCAGUACGAGCUGUCAUCGCCAUCUCACGACUGAAGUUCCUGACCAGGAAGUGGCAGAGAGUCGUCAGGAGAGGAGUUACAACUACUGUCACUGUCAACGGACACAGCACAGCUUCCAGGACUGAGGUUUUGAGGCAGCAGCAGCCACUGGCCAAUCACAACUCCUCUCCACCUACUAGAGACAGCAGCCCCACCCAUAAGGGUGUGAUCUCACCAAUGAAAUCACCCUUCAGGCUCCACAACCGAGUGUAUUCCAACCCGGUCCUGUCCUCUGAGCCUGCUCCGUCCUGUGUUCUGUCCCAGGAUGCCGAGCGGUCUCUGACAGACUACAUCCACCACCUGGAGAACGUACAGCAACGCCUGGGGGCUGCACGUCCAGACUCUCCAUCUCUUCUCUCCUACCACAAAAAGUCUGAUCGCUGAAGGAAGGAAUGAAGCAGUGUAUGAAUGCCUCCUUUCAAUCCAACAUCCUUAUGAUCCAUCUUUAUGCUUAAAUAUACAGUGGAAUGUAUUUGUCUAAUAUCUGAUUUAGAAAGUUAGAAUUUAAGACAUUAAAUUAUUUUUUUACGGGGAAAAAAAUUCUGCACAUUUCUGUCGACCUCUUCUCACCAGAAUGCAUGUGUUUUUGAAAGGAUUAGAUCGCUAUUUUUCUACCUGAGUUUUAUACACGUUUGUAUCUCAGAUUCUGUAUAUAUGUUCUUGGUUAUUAAUAUUUGCUAAAGUUUCACGUGGAUAAAUGUGCUAAGUUUCACACUGGAAUUCCGAUCUAUAGAUCAAAGCUGGUGGACAUGUUUUGUCAAUGUUUUUUUAUCGAUCACCAUUUCUACAAAAUAAAUAUUUUAAUCGUGUGA